AUGACUGACACUGAUAAUUCGGAAGUAUUUUAUGACUGCAUAAACGAGGAUUCAAUUAAUUUUAAGACCGAAACAUCUGAAGAACUGCGCAUAUCUCGCAAAGGAAGUGCAAUAGAUGAACGUUUAACAGAUGAGACAAGCGAAGAUGAUUUCGUUGAUUUUGAACCGGAAAAUGAUGAGGAUCCCCAUAUGACUGGGAACAUCAAUCUGGCGCCUACCGAAGUGGUGCUCUCAACCGCCGUUGAUUAUCAAUCAAAUUACAAUGACACAAAUGAAAAUGAUUUAUUUGACUUUGAGCGGUUUAUGGGCAUGUUUUAUGAACGAUAUUCAUCGUCAGGACCAAUUAUGUUUAUCGGUUCACUAUAUGAGGCAUUAUUAAGCUCAUUGUUUUCAGUUGACGAGGUGAGUUAAGUACUCUAAAGUCCUAUCACAAAUUGUCUGAAUGAGAUACGUGUUCAUCGAUGCUGUUUCCGUGAGAACUUUUGAGUGGUAUCUAUCUAUGCAGUGGCAGAACUUGAAUGCAGAUUUCGUGUAGAGAAGGAACACCAAAUGUGUUCGAAAUACCGUGGGUUGCAUACAAAAGAUAUUGUUCCAAAAAGGACAAUGAGCUACUUCUAAUCCUUUUUUUGGGGUAAUAAUAUUUACAAGGGGGAAAGGUGGAUCCGCGUCUACACAUAGAACUGCAUGGAUCCAGACGGAUUCGGAAAGAUCCCCAUGGAUCACUAAAUAUGGAAAAUUUUCCCUAACAGUAUAAAAGCCCUUCUAUAAACCUUUUAUAUCUUUUAAACAGAUAAGUAGGGAGAAACGAGUAUUUCCCUCCGCAAACCGAUUGCGAUGUGUUUUUCGUAUUUUUCUCAGAAUGAAACUAGUUAGAAGGAAAAAGUUAUAUAUAGUUCGAUGCAGCUUUGAUUUGAACCUUUAUUAAAAGGAAAGUAUAAAUCUGAGUACAA